AUGGAAGGUAGCGCCCCUGUGCCAACCUCUGUCGCAAGCCAGCAACUGGAAGCACUCAAUGGCGUAGAAGAGGACAUCGCACAAUCCCUGCGGCUAGCAUCAGCCGCAAUGUCCUUACUCACUCUUCCUAUUCCCAUCCCCGAGGGGGAGGAGCAGCUACCGAACGAGAACCCCGAAGCGGAUCCCGAGGAAAGAGAGAGACGGCUAGAGGAAGUGCUGGAACAGUAUUUCCAGCUAAUCGACAACGUCCAUAUCAGCAUACGCACCACUUUGGCCACACUACGAGCUCAACGCGUCUCUCCUGCGUUGCUGAUGGACAGCACCGGACGAGAGCCGCCCACGUACGGCGCUAGCAUUCCCUCUGAGGACGAAGUACCCGGAGAGGAGAAAGACGAGGACAAGCUAGGGUUGUACGAGAAACGGAUGGCGAGAGACGCGUGGCAGCAUGUGGUGAAAGCGAUGGCAGAGCUGAGAUUGGCAAGACGCCGAGCACCAGAGUCAAACGGUGUUGUAGAACUCGAGGAGCAGCCUCCAUAA